CUUUUCUCAGCCGCAUUAGCCACUCAUUCACACCUGGGCGACAACGAACGCGGCUCUUCUGGAGAAUAAAAAAGGAGAAGAAGAAGAAGUCGCACUUGUUGACACUUUAGCUUUCUUUGAACUUCGCCAAAAGCUGUGAGCUCGUAAACUGGCCGUGGGUCUGUGCUGGUAUAAAACACACCCUCACCUCACCUGUGUUCAUACACACACGCUCACACACACGCACCCAGAUGGACGGCGCAGAGGUUGACCACUUGACCGCUAAACUUCUGUCGCAGUGGGACUGGAGGACCGACAGCCGGCAUUUCGGAGAGCAAGGCGGCUCCAUCAGACGGAGAUGUUCGUCACCUGAGCCCUCUGCCUCUCCUUGCUCCACCUGUUCAUCCUCCUCAUCCUCAUCCUCCCCGGAGGCUCCAGGGGAAAUGUUCUCGGAUUAUUCAUACGACGGAAGGAAAGCGGCGCAGACGAAAUCCUCCAGACCCAAGAUGUCGACGAAGAGGCGCAUGAAGGCGAGCGAGAGAGAGAAGAUGCGCAUGAGGAGUUUAGCUGAAGCCUUGCACCAGCUCCGAGAUUACCUGCCUCCUGUCUACAGCCGCAGAGGACAACCACUGACCAAGAUCCAGACUCUCAAAUACACCAUCGAGUACAUAAAGGAGCUGUCGGAAAUCCUCAGCCAAGAGUGAACCGACUCCGACACCGACACCGAGUCGACACCGAGACGUUCAUGGACACUGGUCAAUAUCCUCAAUCAGCUGGGUGGCUAAAUUGGUUCUUUGUACAGAAAUGUGCCAUAAUUCUGAUGUAAAUACUUGUCGGCACUUCCCCCCCCCUUUUUUCUUUCUUUUUUUUCUCUUUUCUUUUAUUUGUUAGCUAUAUUCCUAUUCAUGUCUUUAAUAGUCAAAUAUUUCAAGAGAGAGAUGUUGAAAUAAACCUUGUUAACUCUUAUUACA